AUGUCGUUGACAUACUUUCUCUUCCAAGUGGCAGUCGCCCUACUGGCGAUCCUGACCUAUAUACUCCACCGCAAACUAACAUAUUUUAAGCGGCGUGGCAUUCCCUAUGAUAAACCCCACCCUAUCAAGGGAAAUAUGGAGGGCUAUAAGAAAACGAGGACCGUUCACGAAAUCCACAACAGCAAGGCACCUUUUGUGGGAUUUUACCUGUUCCAGAAGCCCGCCGCAUUUGUUAUCGAUCUGGAGCUGGCCAAACAAAUACUGAUCAAGAACUUUUCCAAUUUCACCGACAAGGGACUAUACUACAACGAAAAAGAUGAUCCCAUGUCAGCGCAUCUCUUUAAUUUGGAUGGACCCCAGUGGCGUUUGCUCAGAAGCAAACUAUCCUCGACUUUCACGUCCGGCAAAAUGAAGUUCAUGUAUCCGACAGUUGCGUCGGUGGCUGAGGAAUUUAUGGAUGUGAUGCACGGGAAGGUAUCGGAGAACUCCAUCCUGGACGUUAGGGAUCCAUCAUCCGCCAUACAUCACGAUCCCAGUAUUUAUCUCGAACCCAAUGAGUUUAGGCCGGAGAGGUUUUCCCCAGAGGAAUGCGCCAAACGUCCUUCGGUUGCCUGGCUGCCUUUUGGAGAAGGUCCUCGCAACUGCAUUGGACUGAGAUUUGGGCAGAUGCAGGCUCGCAUUGGACUCGCACUGAACUUCUCGUUCUCCCCCUGCUCAGCAACUCCAGAUCCAUUGAUCUUCGAUCCUCAUUCCGCAAUUCUACUCGGAAUUAAAGGCGGCAUUCAUCUGAAGGUGGAGGCACUCUAAAAAAGGCACACACUUUAAAGCGAAUAAUCAUAUAAUAAUAACAGCUGCCUCAUAGUUAUUAUGUUCUCCUUUCCCAAUUCCAUUUUGCC